UAGAUCAUUUUUCAUCAAUCUAUGGUUUGCAAUGAAGCGGAACGAGACAAGUUCGCAAAACAAAUUAUUGAGGAAGACCAUUGAAAAAAAUCGAAGGAUUCGAAUGAAAGCUUUUUGUUAUAAGCUUGUUUCCAUCAUUCCAGAUCACCAUUUCAGCCAACCCAAGGAAUUGUUGUCACAUCCAGAUCAGAUAGAUGAAGCAUCUUCUUACAUCAAGAUGGUGAGAGAGAGAAUUGAAGUACUGAAUAGAAGAAAGGCACAGCUCAUAAGUUCCUACGUAACCAGAACUGGUCAUGGCGGAGCCGGGCACAAGUAUCCGAUUCUUACUGUGAAGGAGUUAGGUUUUUGUGUGGAGGUGAUGUUGAUUAGUGGCCUAAACAAGAAUUUCAUGCUAAGUCAAGUGAUUAGCUUAAUCGAACAAGAAGCAGCUCAAGUUCUCAGCGUUAACAUCACCCGUGUUGGCGAAAGCAUCAUCCACACUAUCCAUGCUCAGGUUAAAAUUUCAAGGGUUGGGGUGGACACUUCAAGAAUAAGUGAUAGGAUACAGGAGAUCAUUUCCUCAAACUUAUAAAAUUUCUUGUUGCGAAAUUAUAAAGUUCUACUUCGAUUAUACUAGUCUAUAAUAAUUACGUCUAUGGUAAGUUACAAGAUUAUAAGGAGCUUAGCUGUAAUUUCUCUUCCA